UCGUUCAGAAAAGCCAUCGCGCCAAACUCAUGACGCGGCGAGGUAGCGGCAUGGGCAGUGUCAUUGUCAAGGGCGGCAUGCGCGGCCUCGCACACCGCGGGUACGGCUACGCCAAGAACAUUGCGGGCUUCCUCGUCAUCCUCCUCAUCCUCAUGGACGCGCUUGUCAACAACUGGACACUCGGCAACUACCUCGGGGGCGGCUAUUUUUUUCUGACGCCGCUCGGGUCGGUCCAGAACGCGCGGCAGCUCGAGACCAAGUACAGCUACAUGCGCGGUUUUUCGAUCAAGAACCUCUCCAACAUGGGCCAGUGGAUGUCGAACUUCACCAUCAUCAACUUUGUCGAGAAGAGCGACCGACUGUACGCGAUCACGGCCGGCGAGUACCCGCUGACACCAACCAUGGUGCUCUGCCCCGUCUUCCAAGGCGUCUACGGCAACGUUGACGUUUCGAAAAAAGUGAAAUUGGCGCUGGCGGCCGACGCGACGACCUACUACCGCGGCAACAUGCUCACGCACGUCUUUACAGACGAUGCGAGCGUUGACAUGGCGACACCAAACAUGCGCAGCGCCGACGUCUUGGCGCGCGGGUACCUUCCCGGGCAGACGACCGUCGACAAGCGCUUCACACGGGACUUUGCCAUUGCCAACACGUCGUCCGAGCAGACGCAAAUCGUGCCAUAUUUCCGAAUUCUCUCGCGCAACUACUGCACGGGCUGUGACCCGGUCGCGGAGCUCGGGUACUCGACGUGUCAGUUCAAAAUGGUCUACGAUGACGCGGCCAAGACGCUCACGGUCUCGUCGAGCGCGUUCGUGCCCGGCUCGACGUACAAGCUCGGUUUUACGGUGCUCAACUCGGUCUUUGGUCAAGUCGCCAUUGUCAUCAAGUUAAUCGCAAUCUUGUUUGCUGUCGCGGGGUACCUUGCGGGCCGGCGCACGAUCCAGUGGCUUGAGGUCGACCCGGCGAAACCCGACUCGAUGCUCACCAAAGUGCUGCGCAUGGUCGUUCCCAAGUACUUUCCGUAUCAGAGCGACGCGCUCAGCUACGACAUGUUCAUGUACAACUCGGACAUAUUCGUGCUCUUGUACACGUUCUCGGUGCUCCUCGACGUCCAAAACAGUCUGCAGCACACGCGUAAUGUCAACUUGUACAACGCGCUCUCGCCGAGCGCCUUGGUGUCGAUCGAGAUGUUUUCGCUCUCGCUGCGACUGCUCUGGGGCAACCUCGCGAUCCUCAAGCUCUGCAAACUGCUCUGGAACCUCCUCGGCAUUGCGUCGUACAAUGGGCAGAGCACGACGAUGGGCUUUUUCAAUUUCUCGAGCGUCACGUACCUCUACCUCUCUGCGAUCUUGCUCUUCUUCGUCCCGUCGCUCAUCGAGUACAACAACUCGGUGUCGGUCGACAUUGCAAAUGCCAUCGAGCCCAUCGACGGCAUUUGCGUCGAAGUCAUCAACGGCAGCUACCUCCGCGUCGCGCCGUAUGUGAUUUACGCGCUCGUCCUCAACAUCUUUGUGGUCAUUUUGGUCGAUCACGGCAUCAACUACAAGUACUUCAAGAUGCUCCGAAAAAACAGCUUGGCGCGCCAAGCGGUUUACAAUAGCACGUCGAUCAUCUGCGAUUUUCUCUGGGGCAUCGAGACGCGCGCCAACCUCAACGGCGCCGAAGGCGCGAUUGUCGUCGUCCGCGCCCGCCGCCUCAGUACGCUCCAGUGGUUCUUCAUGUGCCACUUAACGUGCUUUUGUCUUCCGGCCAAAGACCUCUUGAUUCGAAAAAAGUCGACGCUGCAGGUCAAGACUACGCUGCGCUCGAUGAAGGGCAGCUCGGUGCGGGACGCGUCAAUGGCCGAGGCGUCGACAAAUGCGACGGCGAACGCCGACGAGAGCACGGAGACCAUGUGCCUCCUUGUCCAGGACUGGGACCGGAAUAUCCACCUCCUCGACCACUCGCUCACCGAGGUGACGAGCCUCGUGUACAACAUCAAGGUGCUCAAGAACACGACUGUCACCAUUCGAUGAUUCGUAGUACCUUGCCUUGCAUAUUCUCCGUGCUCGAAUACAUGUUUCUUGCUUGAUGAUCGAA